GCGACACAGCCACCACGUGGGAACCUUGUUUCCAUCUUACUCACUGAUAAUCCGUCCGAUGAUUGCACAACAUCCCCUGACUCUCCUGCAUCGUCAGAAAGCACUCCAAGACAAAAUCAUGAUAUGUAUCGACCUUACCCUGUUGGGCGCUCAGUUUCAAGCGAGUUUGACAAGGGAUUCCUUCUACAUCUAAGGUACAAAUAAAGCUCUGAUCAUUUUCCGUUUUGUACGAUUGAUAUCAGUUCUGGACAUUAAGAUGAUGUCGAACGCUUUCGGACUCAAGUUCCUUACAGGUACGCUUACAAAGUAUGAGCUGUUUCAUCGCAUAUCCCGAAGCUCGUAUAAAAUGGUAUCCUUAUACUGGCGCCGUCUUUAAUAGAGAAAUCACCUCUGUGAGGUUGUUGGCUGCACUUGAACAAUUUUACGCCAUGGUGACAGGCUCUGCAUCUAGCCGCAAUGGGAAGCUCACAAAGCACGCCAAAUUUCUCUUACGCCGGCACGAUUCAUUAAACGUGCAUUAUUCGACUGGCAAGAAGAUCGCAACAGCUGCGCCUCGAGUACAGUGGUAUCGGAGUUGGAGGGCUUGUAAGGCCACAGAAGAGGUAGAUUUUCUGGUGACAGUCGAUUUGGAAAGCCAAAAGAGUACCAUCAGCAAUACACAUGGAUGA